AAUUUGGCCUUUGUUGCCGCAGCCGCCCUGGGCGGACUCUGUCCACAACUGCUGGAGCAUUAUCGUCUGAAGAUCUUCCCGAAUGCCUGCGAGAAGUUCUUCACUAAUUUGAUUGGCGAGUCAAUUCGACUGCGUCGGCUCGUCCAUAUGGAGAGGAAUGACUUUAUGAAUCAACUGCUGGAGCUGCAGAAACAACAUUCCCUAACGGACCAGCAAUUGGUCUCACAUGCUAUGACCUUUUUAAUUGACGGCCUAGACACAUCGGCAGCGACCAUCGCCCAUUGCCUGCUUCUGCUAGCACGCAAUCCUGAUUGCCAGCAACAGUUACUAGAAGAGCUCAUGUCUAUCGAUAGCUCGGAGCUACCCACCUAUGAAGAGCUGAACGAGAUGUCCUAUUUGAAUGCCUGUUUCAAUGAGAGCUUGCGUAUAUAUCCGCCUGGUCUGUGGGCUGCUAAGAUCUGCACAAAGGAAUACACAUUCGAGGGCUGCCGACAGAGUACACCACUGCGCAUGCGGCCCGGAGAUACUGUUAUGAUACCGAUAUAUGGCUUGCAUCACGAUCCGGAAUUUUAUCCUGAGCCGAGUUUAUUUCGACCCGGACGUUUCUUACCCGAAAACGGUGGCGUCAAGAAAUAUCGUAAUAUGGGUGUCUUUCUCGGCUUUGGCGACGGUCCACGCCAAUGUCUGGGACUACGACUGGCGUUAGUCCAAUCUAAGGCGGCCAUAGCAGCGAUUGUGAAGCGCUUUGAGGUGCGCGCCAAUCCACGAACCAAGCCUGGCAUUCGUCUCGAUCCCUCCAUAUUUGUUGCCAUGCAUGAGGGCGGCGUUUGGCUGGACUUUGUACCAAGAUACCAAUAA